GCUCCGGAUCCCACUCCCCCGCCAGCGCCAGGAACCUGACUGUGCCCCCGGAUCCUCACUCACUCGUCUCCAUCUCCUUUCCUCUGCGCGCGCACCGUGACCGGAGAUGCCGACGGCGACCCCGACCGCGACGGGCCUGGCGACGGCGCCGGGCAGCCGCGUGACGCGGUACGCCAAGUCGACGGCGGCGUCGGUCACGCCGGUGCGCCCCGGCAAGACCCACGAGCUCUCGGCGCUGGACAACGCCAUGGGGCGCCACGCCGUGCACCUGGUGCUCUACUGCCGCGCCGCGCCCGGCGUCGACCGGGACCCGCUCAAGGAGUCGCUCUCCGAGGCGCUCUCGCUCUACCCGGCCAUGGUCGGCCGGCUCACCCGCGCCGAAGGAGAGGGCGGCGCCGCGGCCGGCUCCGGGUGGAUUGUCAAAUGCAACGACGCCGGCGUGCGCACGGUGGACGCGAGGGCGUCGGUCACGCUCGAUGAGUGGCUCGCCACGGCCACCGCCGACGACGAGAUGGACCUCGCCUACUUCGAGCCCAUGGGGUCCGAGGCUUACAUCUGGUCUCCCUUCUACGUCCAGCUGACGGAGUUCGCGGACAAGUCGUACGCGCUGGGGCUGAGCUGCACGCACUACCACAACGACCCCACAGCGGCCGCGCUCUUCUUCCACGGCUGGGCCGCCGCGCACCGCCGGAGCAGCAGCCCCUACCCGCCGUUCCUCCACUCGCCGUCCUUCGCCGUGUCACCGGCCGCCUCGCCGCCUCCGGCGCCGCCUCUGCUCGCCGCCAAGUCCGCCGCAGCUCCGCCUAGCGCCGACGCCGCCGUCACCAUGUCAUCCGCAACGUUCCACUUCCCCGCCGACGCGAUGCGCGCGCUGCUGUCCUCCCUCGAGCCCGAGACGACCCCCUUCGCGGCGCUGGCCGCGCUCUUCUGGCUCCGCGUCGCCGGCGCCGAGGAGGAGAGGGAGCUCACCCUCGCCCUCGACUUCCGCAAGAAGAUGCACGCGCCGCUGCCGACGGGGUACUACGGCAGCGCCGUCCACUUCACGCGCGCGCGCGCCGACCUGGCGUCGGGGCUCGCGGCCGUGGCCGCGGCGCUGGACCGGCGCGUGGCCAGCGUGCCGGAGGAGGAGCUGUGGGCCGCCGUCGAGUGGCUGCACGCGCGGCAGGCGGAAGGCGGCGAGCCCUUCCAGAUGUACGGGCCAGAGUUCACCUGCAUGGGGCUGGACCACGUGCCCAUGUACGGCGCCGAGUUCGUGGCCGGGGUGCCGCCGGCGCGCGUGGCGUGCCGCGUCGGCGGGGCGGCCGGAGAGGGGAUCGUGAUCGUCGUGCCCGCGGCCGAGGGCGACGCGGCGAGGGACGUGGUGGUGACGCUCCCGGCAGAGGCGACGGCCAGGAUCUGCCGCGACGUCGAGCUGCUCCGGUACGGCGCCGAGGUGGUGGCUGGGCCCAAGGUGGGAACGGGGGCCAAGGCACAGUAGGAUCCACAGCCGAAUAAAGACUGGCUGUUAACGGUUUCACUGUAUGUUCGCUUUAGUUUGAUGGUGAUGCCUUCGAAUGAUUUUGAUGUACUUCCCUGUUUUGUAGUGUUGGUGAAUGCUAGUGUUGAUUUUAUUGCGUAGUUUAUGAAGGUUUUAUCUUGGGAGUUUAAA